CUCAUCUGCCAGAGGAAAUUAUUCGUGUCUGAAGAAGCAGUAAAGAGCCUGUUCAGAAGCGGCCUUUGGUUUGUGAGAAGAUCUACAGCUUUUCUCAGCGUCUUCUCUGAAAAGAGCCCGUUAUGAGCUCAGUCUCCAAAGAAACACUGGAAAAAUCCUUUACUGGGCGGAAGUAGUCGCUGUCGUUCAAUACAGUAUCAUCAGUGGUGUCCCCUGGCUUUUAAGCUUUGACGCAAGAACAGUAUUAAACAUCGGGCAAACAACAAUUGCUUUGGAUCAAUUACUCAGGAAGGACGAUUACUUUGUUUUUUUUUCUCAAGACAUUCGGCUCUUGUUAUGCUCGGUGUUGUUUUGGAUUGGCCAGUCAGUCAGUAGUAAAAACACCGAAGGGAGAGUUUGACUCCAUGCCCAUCUGAUUCUUUAUCAGUUUGUAAAGUACACAUUUAUUUGAGACUUUAGACUCUAUUGUACAGCAUGUGGGGUUCUGUUAAAGUCAGGACUGUUGCUGCUCUGUGAACAUAGCCAGGGAGAGGGUCUACGUGUGGAUAUUUCUUGCCAAAUUGGUUCAGCUUCGAGACAUAGGAGACCUGCUUGGAUACGCUUUCACUUGCAGAAACUGGAUUGGGGAAUCACCACUGUUGUGUUGCAAGUAGCAUUCGCCCCAGCCCUCUGAUAGCUCGGCGGUGCUGCUCUGUGCAGCUUGGCUGUGGAUUACAAAUCUAUCCCAGGCCUUUGAGGACAAGAAGACAGGGCAGUCGAGAAUUAAGAUCCACUGCCUGUGUAGCCAACAUGACCCUGGGCGUUCUGAGUUCCCUGCUGCUGACAGCAAGUACUUUAGCUACAAUUGGAUUUACUCAGCAACUUUCCAAGGAGGAUGACGUCAUUCCGAGGAUUGUCUUUAAUUACAAUAACACAGACAGACCAGUCAAACAUUUCUACCGAGAUGGAGUGCGGAACUACACCAAGCUGCUGCUGAGUGCUGAGCGAGGAGUGCUCUAUGUUGGUGCAAGAGAUGCUAUUUUCUCCUUGGAUGUUUCAGAUAUUGCUCCCAAUAAAUUCAAAAAUGAGGUUAUCUGGGAAGCCCCAGAGCAAAAGAGGAACGAAUGUCAUUUUAAGGGCAAAAGCUUAUCGAGUGAUUGCUUCAAUUACAUCAAGAUCCUCCUCCAGGUGAACAGUACACACAUUUAUGUUUGUGGAACCUAUGCUUUCAGCCCCACUUGUGCCUACAUUCUUACCACCGACUUCUCUCUUGCAAAAGGUCCCAAUGGUAAUCUCUUAAUGGAAGAUGGAAAAGGCCGAUGUCCCUUUGACCCAACCUAUAAGUCGACUGCAAUUAUGGUUGAAGGAGAAUUGUACGCAGGAACUGUCAGCAAUUUUCAGGGAAAUGAGCCAAUCAUUUCAAGAAGCCUGGGUAAUAAACCACCCUUAAAAACUGAGAACUCUCUCAAUUGGCUCCAGGAUCCAGUGUUUGUAGGUUCAGAGUUUAUUUGGGAGAGAUCCUCUGCAAAGAAUCCCAAUACAGACGAUGGAAAAGUCUAUUUCUUCUUCAGCGAAACUGGCAAAGAAUUUGACUUUUUUGAGAACACGAUUGUAUCACGGAUAGCCCAAGUCUGUACGGGUGAUAUAGGAGGAGAACGUGUGCUCCAGAAAAGGUGGACGACAUUCCUUAAAGCUCAGCUCUCCUGCUCACUUCCUGAUGAUGGCUUCCCAUUUAAUGUUAUUCAGGACAUGUUUGUUCUCUCUCCUGAAAAAGAAGAUUGGAAAAACACAACCUUUUAUGGAGUAUUUACUUCUCAGUGGUACAAGGGCGGUCCGGCUUCUUCUGCAGUUUGUGCCUUCUCUGUGGGAGAUGUGAAGAGCGCCUUCAGUGGAGGGUACAUGGAAGUGAAUUGGGAGACACAGCAAUGGUAUCCCUACACCCAUAUUGUUCCAGAACCAAGGCCAGGCACUUGCAUUACAAAUGCAGCAAGAGCCAUGAACAUAAAUUCUUCAUUCCAAAUGCCGGAUAAGGUGUUGAAUUUUGCAAAGGAUCACUUUCUGAUGGAGGAGAUUGUCAAGAGCCAGCCUCUGCUGAUGAAGAAACAUGUGAAGUACACCCAACUCGCUGUGGACAGAGUCCAGACCACCCAGGGCUACUAUGACGUGCUGUUUGUGGGCACAGAAAAUGGAAUACUGCACAAAGCUAUAAAUGUGAAUCGUAAGGUUCAUAUUAUUGAGGAAAUUACUCUCUUUGCGGAACCACAGCCAGUGCAGAAUCUGAUACUGGAUUCGAAACAGGGCAUGUUAUAUGCGUCUUCGUUCUCUGGAGUAGUUCAGCUACCUGUCUCAAACUGCAACAUCUACCUGAGCUGUGGAGAGUGUGUCCUGGCCAGAGACCCUUACUGUGCCUGGUACAAGAACAUUUGCAGUGACAUACGAGGAUUGCGUCUAGAUCACCAUUGGAAGCAAGACAUUGAGAAAGGGAGGCCAGAGCAGCACUGUCAGCAGCCUGAUGGAUCGUUGUUAAGCCCCAGGGCUUUACGACCACCUCGUCCCAUCACCUGUGAGACCGUCGCUGUGUCACCCAACAGCUUCAAGGUGUUGCCAUGCAAAGUGCAGUCAAACUUUGCCACCAGGAAGUGGAAGUACAAUGGGGCUGCCGUAGAUGCCAAUUUCAUGGUGCUUCCCGACGGUGGAAUUAUUGCAGCUGCGGAGCCUCUGGGUGUCUAUGAGUGCUGGGCAGUAGAAGAAGACUUUCAGCUGCUGGUUGCAAACUACUGCCUGAAAUUGGAUGCAUCACCAGAGGCCACGACCUUGCAUGCUUCGAGGAAGUCCAAUCCAGUAAUGAAUGAAAGGAAUGGGGUCAUUAUCAAUCCGCUCAGCAGUGAGAGCCGGUUUCCUCAACACACCAACAGCAAGAACUACUGGACUGAAUUUGUAGCAGUGAGCGUGGUCUUCGGGUUAACACUUGCGGUCUCGUCCCUGGUCUUUUUGUAUCGGAACAGAGACAAAAUGAAGUCGUUGAUUAAAGACGGUGAGUGCUCGAGCAUACAACAAAAGAAACAAAGGAAGAUUGAGAUCCCACACGAAAGCCUGCCUUUAAAUGGAAACCCUGUGCAAGUAGCAGCCUCCGAGCAUCACAAAGGCUACCAGAGUCUGAAUGACAACCAUAUCUGCAGUACACCUGUGCUGGAAAACACUCUCAAUGACAAGGACUCUGGAUACCCCGAGUCACCAAACAACCAAAUUAAUCAAAAAAACUUAUACGUGGAGAUUUCUGCUCAUUGCCCCCAACCGAGGGUGAGGAUUGGUUCUGAAAUCAAAGAUUCUGUAGUGUGAAAUGUGAAAUGGCAGAGUGAGGUCAAACCACAGCACCGACUGUAGCCUUCCUAAAAGGGACCAACCACACGAAAUUGAGAAGCGUAAAGCUCGGCAGCUUAAAAGACUUAAAACUGUUUUACUGUGCCAUUUAGACUAUCUCUUCAGUAUGUAAACCACAUGCAUGGAUGGUUAUUGGUGUGGCAGUUGAGCUUAUAGUAAACAUGUGUGUCUGUGACCAUCAGCCAAAACAGCACGGAACAGCGCAUGAUUCAUCGGUUGACAACUUUCCCCAAUCUGUUGGCAAUUCUGGGCUCAUGGUACAUGACUUUGGCUUUCCAUUUUCAUUCA